AUUAUUACAGGCACAUUACUUAUGAUUAACUAAUGAAAAUGCUUGUGUGUUUACAGGACAAAAUUCAAGGCCUAUCCACAGAUGAAAUGCGUCAUCUAUGCAAUGUUAUAGCAAAAAGGAAUCCAGCACUAGUACAGGAGAUACUUGAGGAGCAAGAGAGGGGGAACAGUGGAAUUACUGAACAACGUCAGGCAGAACAACCUCCGACUUGGUGUGUGUGCCAAGGCUGCAGGGAUAUGCCGACCGCACAAGAAAGAGUCUGUUGUGCCAAUUCACCAACGAACUGUUUAUCUCUUGUUCCGGAAAUGAGUGAAGUUGUGCUGCAUCAGGGUGUUCUACGCGUUGCUGAUACAUACAGGCGGGCUAUCUUUGGAAUACCAUUGGAGACUGAUGAUAAUUGCCGUUUUCGGCAUUCUGCCUAUCGACAGUUCACUGUCUGGCGUUAUGGACGGCUUGGGAGUAGAGUGCGUCGAGUCAUUCCGAGUUGCUGUGUUUGGCGCAUUCGUGACAGAUAUCCCAACCCUUUAGGUCAGUACACUGGUUUUCUACCUCAACGGAGGACAGAAAUGAGUGAAGUUGUGCUGCAUCAGGGUGUUCUACGCGUUGCCGAUACAUACAGGCGGGCUAUCUUUGGAAUACCAUUGGAGACUGAUGAUAAUCGCCGUUUACGGCAUUCUGCCUAUCGACAGUUCACUGUCUGGCGUUAUGGACGGCUUGGGAGUAGAGUGCGUCGAGUCAUUCCGAGUUGCUGUGUUUGGCGCAUUCGUGACAGAUAUCCCAACCCUUUAGGCCAGUACACUGGUUUUCUACCUCAACGGAGGACAGUGACUGACUAG